UUAAACCAGACAGUAUGUCAAUUUCUUUGAAAGCUAAGCAAGCGAUCAUGUUCAAGGUGAUCUUCUAUGAGGACAGGAACUUCAUGGGGCGCUCCUAUGAGUGCACCAGUGAUUGUUCCGAUAUGUUCUCUUACAUGAGCCGCUGCCACUCCUGCAGGGUGGAGAGCGGCUGCUGGAUGGUCUACGACCGCACCAACUACAUGGGAAACCAGUAUUUCAUGAGGAGGGGCGAGUAUGCUGACUACAUGAACAUGUGGGGCUGGGGCAACAACUACAUCAGGUCCUGCCGCAUGAUCCCCAUGUACAGAGGAUCCUACAGAAUGAGGAUCUAUGAGAAGGACAACUUCAUGGGACGGAUGAAUGAGGUGAUGGAUGACUGUGAUUCCUUCAUGGAUCGCUACCACUGGUCCAUCGGCUGCAUGUCCUGCAAUGUGAUGGACGGCCACUGGCUCAUGUAUGAGCAUCCCCACUACAGAGGCAGGAUGUGGUACUUCAGGCCUGGAGAGUACAGGAGCUUCAGGGACUACGGUGGCAUGAGAUUCAUGAGCAUGAGGCGUAUCAUGGACUCCUGGUAUUAA